AUUGAUUAAUCAUUAAAGGAUUAAAUGUGUCCCAGCCUCGCUUUUGUUGCCAUUGUCGAGAAAAACUCUGUGACGAUAGCAAUCUGCGUGGCUCCGAUUCGGACCCUCACCUCUCCUCUGCUCCGCUUGUCCGCUGCCUCUCCAUGCGGCACGAAGAGCACCGUCUUUGGGUGUCUAUUGCGGAGUUUCGAGAACCGGGAGCUAUCGGUGCGGCUCAGAAGCAGCAGCUCCUUAGACGCUCGCAACUCCAGAGGACGCAUGAAUUGUUGCGCUCAAGUCGGGGCCGAGGCCGGUGGCUCGGCUCCCUUCUUGACGGACCACACGACGCUUAUUGACAGCGUGGAGACAUUCAUCUUCGAUUGUGACGGUGUCAUUUGGAAGGGAGACUCGCUCAUUGAUGGAGUUCCGGAGACUCUUGACAUGCUGCGAUCUAUGGGUAAGCGUCUAGUAUUUGUGACCAACAACUCCACUAAAUCAAGGAAGCAGUACGGGAAGAAAUUCGAAAGCCUCGGCCUUUCCGUCUCAGCGGAAGAAAUCUUUGCCUCAUCGUUUGCUGCGGCUGCGUAUUUAAAGUCCAUGAAAUUUCCUACCGACAAGAAGGUGUACAUAAUCGGUGAAGCUGGUAUUCAGUUGGAGCUUAAGCAAGCAGGCAUCAAUUACAUUGGAGGCCCUGAAGACGGAGACAAAAGAAUAGACCUAACACCUGGUCAACUUAUGGAGCAUGAUCAUGAUGUUGGAGCUGUGGUAGUGGGUUUCGAUCGGUACCUCAACUACUACAAGCUGCAGUAUGCAACUCUUUGCAUCCGCGAAAAUCCGGGAUGCAUGUUCAUUGCCACCAACUGUGAUGCUGUGAUUCAUUUGACGGACGCACAAGAGUGGGCAGGAGGUGGUUCCAUGGUUGGGGCCAUUAAAGGUUCGACAAAGAAGGAACCACUUGUCGUCGGCAAGCCCUCCACUUUCAUGAUGGACUGCCUUGCAUCAGAGUUUAACAUUAAGACAUCACAGAUUUGCAUGGUGGGAGAUCGUCUAGACACAGAUAUUCUUUUUGGUCAAAAUGGGGGUUGUGCAACUCUCCUGGUUUUAUCGGGUGUGACCACACUGGAGACGCUUCAGAGCUCUGAGAACAAAAUCCAGCCCGACUUCUACACAAACAAGAUCUCAGACCUUCUUGCAGCUAAGAAAGUCACGACAAAUGCUUGAUUGAUUAUUAUUUGAAGAUCAAGUGCUGCCAUAAGUGCUUUUUUUUUUUUUUUUUGGUUUUUUGUUUUUCCCUAGCACGAUUCAUACAAUAGAACACUACCCGUGUAACCACCCGGAUGGCUUGGGACGGUGUGCCAUGUCAGGGCUGCCUUGUGCUCAACCAAGCCAGAUGUAUUUUCUUGUACUGGACUUCUCGUUUACCACCUGAAACAGGUGCCGAAUGCAACUUAUCUCCAUAUCGACAAAUGUGUAAGGAAAAGAAGACUCGAGGUUGAGCACCUCGUCAACUUUGAGAGGUGGGUGAUGUGAGCCUUAACACCAUCAGACCUCUUAGACCAAUGUGAUUUGCAGCCCUCAUGUAUGAACUUGGAAAUUGAUAGCAAAGCUGUAUUCAAUAUGGUUUGUUGCAAAGAUAAAGUGAAUUCAUCUUCUUCCUGUGC